UAAUAUCUUGCCACCAUUGACAGACUGGACUACAAGCCUCCACUCUUCUGACAGUUCAUACGGGUUUUGCACGCAAGGUCGCUUCUCUUUAUCUCUGUGCACAUUGUUACUGGGAGCGAUACAGCCAUGCUGCCUCUCACCGGUCGCGCCAUUCCAGGCGCCAUCCCAAGCGCUCUUCAUGUGCGACCGCGUAUCACAUCUUGCCAUUUCCGAAUUCAGCCAGUUUCGUUCCUUUCGACCUCUUCAAUUAAGUCGGCAACAGCAAUCGAACAGCGGGGACAGUCUGGCCAAGCGCUCACUGCUUCUGGAAAGGUGCGGAAAGAGGUGCCCUUACCGAGCCAGGAGAAAAAGGAGGGUGCUAUGCAAUAUGUCCUUACCACGCUUGACCAAGUCGCUAACUGGGCCCGCCAAAGUUCUUUGUGGCCCAUGACCUUUGGUCUCGCCUGCUGUGCAGUUGAGAUGAUGCAUCUUUCGACCCCCAGAUAUGACCAGGAUCGUCUUGGAAUCAUUUUCAGAGCAUCACCUCGGCAAUCGGAUGUCAUGAUCGUGGCAGGCACAUUGACAAAUAAGAUGGCUCCCGCUCUCAGACAGGUGUAUGACCAAAUGCCUGACCCUCGUUGGGUCGUCAGUAUGGGAAGUUGUGCCAAUGGCGGUGGUUAUUACCACUACAGUUAUUCUGUUGUUCGCGGAUGCGAUAGAAUCGUACCCGUGGAUGUCUAUGUUCCCGGAUGUCCGCCGACCUCCGAAGCAUUGAUGUACGGAAUCUUUCAACUUCAAAAGAAGAUGCGGCACACAAGGAUCACCCGCAUGUGGUACCGCCGUUAAGCUCAACUUGGAAUUACUUCCUCCCUAUUCUACUCAAGGGUUGGAACGGACAGGUUCGGACGUAGACUGUAUAAGAAGUCCUAUCCUGGAAAUCUAGUAUGUGCUCUCGUGCAUUACCGAACAUUACCAGCGCGCAAUUGAUAGGGGGAGGGAUAAAAGGGAAGUGGAGGCUUAACUUCCAACAGGCAUACCAGGUGUGUCAUGUUCAUGGUUGAGCAAGGAGAUCCGGCCAACAUGUAUUGUAUGCAAUAACUGCAAGCCACUUUCCUAGGUAUAUUAGAACGGGGUUAGGGACUUGGCUGCAAAUUCACACUGAUAUUCUGCGCUCUUGUACGGCUCACACUCAAACGUCUCAU